AUGUUGAAAUUAACUAAACAAAGUUCUGCGGUGUUAAAUGUCGAGCAAGAUAAUGAAUUAUUAGCAGAUAAAAUAAAAUGCAGUAAUGAUUUCGAGAUUAAAUUAAAAAAUAAUGUGUUAAUAAGUACAAAAGGGAGAUUUAAGUGUUUUUAUCCUAUUCAGCUCCUAGAUAAUUCAAAUACAACCUUGUAUUCUUGGAAUUCAAAAAUUGAAAGUAAAUGUAAUUAUAUUUAUUUCAAUAUAAUUAAAAGAUCGAAUUAUGAAAAAAAAAGUAAUCUGCUUAGAAGUAUAUUAUUUAAUAAUUCUUGUAAAAGUAUAGUUUCGAUCAAUUUAAAUGGUUGUAAAGUAAAUAAAAGAGAAACUGUAACAAUUAAAGAAAAUAUGUCAAUUAUUCACCAAAUAAAUAAAUACAAGCUAAUAAUUAAAAACAUUAAAUUCAAAACAAAAAUAAUAAUUGGGAUAAUAAUUCAUAUUAUAUUAUUUUUGUUUGCAUUUAUAUUUGCACGAAAUAGAAACUGUCACAAAAUGACAAUAAAAAUAUAUACAGACGCAAAAACGGAAAGUUUUGAAAUAAAUUCUGCAUGCGAAGUCACGACAAAGAAACAGAUAAUGAAAGAAAAGUCUAUUUCUCGUUCUGAAGAGAUUUGGGAAAAACAACCAUCAACUAAUGAAGGUAUGCUAGAUGGGUUUAUACACAUACAUGAAAUAGAUAUUGACAAUAGUUCAUAUUUUAUUGAAACUUUAAAAAAGAAGCUUGGUAUGAAAGCGGAUGAGCUUUUUGAAUACGGAAUAGAUGGGGGCUGUGGAAUUGGGCGUGUAACACCGAAUUUAAUGAAACACUGUAAAAAGAUGGACUUGAAUGAACCAAUUCUUAAACAUUUAAUGGUUGCAAAAAAGAACAACCCCGAUUGCAUUGAAUUAAUUCAUUCAAAACUUCAAGACUUUAAUCCGGCUAGUGGAAGAUAUGAUUUUAUUUGGAUCCAAUGGGCAUUACAAUACUUAUCCGAUGAUGAGUUUGUGGAUCUUCUCAUAAGAAUCAGAAAUUCGUUCAACAAUGGUGAUGAAACAAAUAGAAACAAAACUAGACGGGUUGUAUGUAUUAAAGACAAUGCAGAUUCUCAUGAGAAUGAAGUAGAUCCCGUUGAUGAAAGCAUUAUUAGGACAGAAAAAAGCUUUCUAGAAAUUUUCAAAAGAGCAAACUAUAAAUGUAUAUUAAAGAUGGAGCAAACAUUUCUUCCAUCUUCAUUUAAGCCAAUAAUUUCAUUUGCAAUUGUACCAUGUGAAUAA